AUGCAGUCUUCAGCUGCCGUACAACUUAUUAAUCCAAAGUCUGAAGUUGCCCGAAGAGGGCAAGCCCUUCAACUUAAUAUUACAGCUGCUAUUGGUUUACAAGACGUGCUGAAAUCAAAUCUUGGCCCGAAAGGAACGAUUAAAAUGUUAGUUGAUGGAGCUGGUAACAUCAAGAUUACCAAGGAUGGCAAACAAAUACAAAAUCCUACUGCUGCAAUGAUCGCAAGAGCUGCAACUGCUCAAGAUGAAAUUACUGGGGAUGGUACAACGUCCAUCGUUUUAUUGGUUGGUGAACUAAUGAAACAAUCUGAAAGAUAUAUUUCGGAAGGACUACAUCCAAGAAUUAUUACAGAAGGUUUUGAUCUUGCAAGAAAUGAAGCGCUUGAAUUCCUGGACAAAUUUAAAGUUGAAAGGUCCAUUGAUCGAGAACUUUUGGUUAACGUUGCUCGUACUUCUUUACGUACCAAAGUCCAUCCCUCACUUGCAGACAAGUUAACUGAAGCCAUUGUUGAUGCAGUAUUGACGAUUAAACGUGAUAACGAACCAAUCGACUUGCAUAUGGUAGAAAUUAUGAAAAUGCAACAUAAAACAGGUGUUGAUUCUCGAUUAGUUCGCGGACUUGUGUUGGAUCAUGGUGCUCGCCAUCCUGAAAUGCCAAAGCGUGUUGAAGAUGCGUAUAUUCUAACGUUGAAUGUAUCCUUGGAAUAUGAGAAAAGUGAAAUUAAUUCCGGAUUCUUUUAUUCUUCUGCGGAACAACGAGAAAAAUUGGUUGAAUCAGAAAGAAAGUUUACAGAUGAAAAAGUCAAAAAAAUUGUCGAACUAAAAAAACAAAUUGUCGGAGAUAGCAAAAAAGGAUUUGUUGUUAUUAAUCAAAAAGGAAUUGAUCCAUUAUCGUUAGAUAUUCUUUGUAAGAAUGGUAUUUUGGCAUUGAGGCGUGCCAAAAGAAGAAAUAUGGAGAGACUCCAACUUAUUUGUGGUGGUACCGCGCAAAAUUCAGUUGAUGAUUUAACACCUGAAGUUCUUGGGUAUGCGGGGCUUAUCUAUGAGCAUACUCUCGGAGAAGAAAAAUACACAUUUGUUGAAGAUGUUAAAGAUCCGAAAUCAGUUACAAUACUGAUUAAAGGUCCUAACGCACAUACAAUUACACAGAUCAAUGAUGCAGUUCGUGAUGGAUUAAGGGCCGUAAAGAAUGCGAUUGAAGAUAAUUGUGUAAUACCAGGUGCUGGUGCAUUUCAAGUUGCACUGUGCUCUCAUUUAACAAAAUACAAGGAUAAAGUCAAAGGACGAGCGAAGAUGGGAGUGCAAGCAUUUGCAGAUGCAAUGUUAAUUAUACCAAAAGUGUUAGCACAAAAUGGAGGGUUUGAUGCACAAGAUACUAUUGUGACUUUGCAGGAAGAAUAUGCAGCAGGACACGUAGUUGGUGUAGAUUUAAAUACUGGAGAAAUAUUGGAUCCGGUUUUAGAAGGGAUUUGGGAUAAUUAUAUAGUUGUUCGCCAUAUGAUUCAUUCAAGCUCUGUUAUCGCGAGCAACUUUUUACUGGUUGAUGAAAUGAUGAGAGCUGGCAGGUCAAGCUUGAAAAAUGAUAACAUCCAAAGCUAA